AUGUCGGCAUUAAAUUUGCGUACAUCAGCGCGUACAUCUAUUUUGUGCAUAUGGACACAAAUCCAAUCGGAGAGCUACAAUCCAGACUGUGUCGAAAGUGAACAGCUCUUAUGUAGCGCUCGCCAACAUUUCACUCGUUUCAUGGACAAUCAUUUUGCACUCGUCUCCAGCGCACAUGAAGGUGAAAUGGUAGAUCACGACGAUCUCCUAGCUUCAACGGAGGAGACGUUUAACAACAUUUGCAUCAGAUUAAAGCGUAAGAUGUCAACGUAUAGUGAGAUUCCCAACCAGGUGUACAGUCAAGCACCAGACAUGCGGUUGGACCCCGUUUCAAUUCCAAGCUUCGAUGGACAACCCGCAAAUUGGUUGGCGUUCAAGGAUAUGUUCGAGACCCUUGUACACAACAGAAGUGAUUUGCAGCCCACAUAUAAACUCGGAAAAUUACGGCAAUAUGUGAAGGCGGAAAACGUUCCGUUAGUAGGUGGCUUAUACACAGGUGGGUAUGAAGAAGUUUGGGCUCAGCUCAAACAACGUUACGACAAUCCACGUGCUCUUUCCGAGCACCAUGUUCAGCAUAUGUUAGACUUACCGUACCAGCCAGCAGAGUCUAGAGAUACGCUGAUAAACUUCGUGGACUGUGUUCGUAAUUCAUUCAGAGCGCUUGAAAUGAUGAACGUACCAGUGAAACAAUGGGAUGCCCUAGCCGUACCAUUGCUACUACCGAAACUACCAGUGGUUACCCGUACAGAGUGGGGAAUGAGUCUACAAACCAAUGACAUCCCGAAGAUGGAAGACGUAAUAAUGUUCGUGGAACGGCGCGCAGCUAACCUGCCAGUUACUGCGAAUACUCACAGCAAAGGCGUAUCAACUAGAAUCGUGAAGGCGCAUUUGACAACAAACAGCGGAAGAAUGCCUCACUCGCCAGCAUCUUUAGAUAUGACAACUUGUCCGUCUUGUAAUGAGAAUCAUCGUAUUGUACGGUGCUAUAAAUUUCGCAAUCUUGAAGUAGAGAAACGUUGGGAGCUGGUGAAGCACGCAUCUUUAUGGUUUAAUUGCCUCAGACCUGGUCAUUGCGCUCGCGACUGUUCAUCUGGGCCAUGUUUCAAUUGUCAGCAGAAACAUAAUACCCUCUUAUGCAGAAGGUCACAGCAGAAGGACAUCGUGGGUACCCAUACCAGAUACACACCUGGUACGUCAGCUACGGUGCCAAUGGUGGCGCCUAAAGUACUUCCUCCACAACAAUGA